AUGAGCGACUGGGAAACCCUCAUUUCUGAUAAACGGAAAGAUCGUGCAUCGAACAUUCCUCUCAAAUGGGUCCUUCGCGAUGACAUCCUGAGUCAGAUCAAUGAACAUGCGGAUCUCAGUGCCUUUGAUAUCUUGAAAAAGAAUGACCUUUUGACCGAGAAAGAGACGACUAUCACGGAGUCAUACGAUGCCCAAACUCUUUACCCCGAGAUCACAGAUGGAAGAUUAACUUCGCUAGAAGUCUGCAAGGCGUUUUGCAAGAGAGCUUCUAUUGCCCAGCAAUUGGUAAACUGCACAACCGAGAUAUUUUUUGAAGAGGCAUAUGAAAGAGCGAAAUUUCUCGAUGAUUAUUUAGCCACACACAAGAGGCCGUAUGGUCCUUUCCACGGUCUCCCUAUCAGCGUGAAGGACAGCUUUGAUGUCAAAGGUCAAGCAUCAACAAUUGGCUUCGUGUCUUUCCUCAAAAACCCAAAAGCCACAGAGAAUUCCACUCUCAUCGAUAUGCUCCUUGAUAAUGGCGCUGUCUUAUAUCUCAAGACCAACAUCCCACAAACAAUGAUGACAAUGGACAGCAUCAACAACAUCUUCGGACGAACUUUGAACCCACACAAACUCAGCCUGACCGCCGGUGGAAGCAGCGGGGGCGAAGGCGCUCUCGUAGCUUUCCGUGGCUCCAUCCUAGGAGUAGGCACCGACAUCGGCGGUUCGAUCCGCGCUCCAUCUCUCUGCAACGGCACAUAUGGAUUCAAACCCACCGCCGAUCGCAUACCCUACAGCGGGAUACAAUCCGGAGACCGACCCGGCAGCCCCGGCCUCAUCUCAGCGGCUGGGCCGAUCGCGAACAGUGCAUCCGAUUUGAAAUUCUUCUGCCAGACCAUUCUCUCCUUAGAUCCAUGGCGUCGUGACUCUACUGCCCUUGGCAUUGGAUGGCGACACGUUCCACCAAAAGAGAAACUCACCAUCGGUGUAUUCAUGGGCGAUAAGGAUUUCCCCCCAACGCCUCCCGUCAUACGGGCACUCGAAUCCGCAAAGUUUGCGCUGGAGAAGGCCGGACACGAUGUACAUCUCGUAUCGGAAUUUCCCUCCUUGACCGAAGCAGUGAAACUUGCAGCACGGUACUUUCUACUCGAUACCAAGAACACCCUUUUGAAGCACGUUAUCGACGGCGGCGAAGAGCCUAUCAAGGCACUGGAGUACGCGUCUCCUGCUUCUAUAGCGGGAAUGAGAGAGUACACACUCGAUGACGUCUGGGACGCGAACACUGCACUGAUUGACUAUCGCGAGAAGAUGUCUACAGUAUGGAGACAGCAUAAGUUGGAUGUCCUGGUUUGCCCCGGACACCAGUCUACUGCCGUUCCGCAUGAUACAUAUGGAACGCCAGUGUAUACCGUUGUGUGGAAUCUUUUGAAUUUCCCUGCGAGUAUCAUCCCCUAUCUCAAAGCAGAUAAGUCCUUGGAUUCGGGAAUAAGUGAUGGCUAUGAUCCUAAUAUAGUUGAUGGUGCCCCGACUGCUAUUCAGGUGGUGGGGUGGAGGUUCCAGGACGAGGAGGUGCUCAUGGCGACGGAGGUCAUUGACGAAGCACUCAGA